AGCUCCCGUUCUUGAACUUCGCUCUUUAGAAAUGACUGGCCAAGCCAAAAGGCGUCGCACUGCUCAGCAAAUCCUCCUGCGACGAGCCUUGGCCAAAAGCGUUAGUGGAGGCCUGGAUCAUGGUGCCGUGGUAUCUCCCCCAUUGAGCAAGGAUUCCACGCGGGUCAAUGGAAUUCAGGAGAGAUCCUCGUCGAGAUCAGCAAUGAAACUGCACAGGAUUUUGGCAUCCAAUACACUUAAAGUUUUGCGGGAGAGAAAGACGGCAGGAAAUCUGCCAGGAUGUGAGCUUCAAUCGAGGGACUCACUUUCGUGGGGGAAACUGAAGCCAAGUGAGGACAACUGGGCAUUAAGUGGUCACAGUUUGAAAACCAAAGAACAUUCCAGGGGCAGCUCUCGGUCGCGACAUAGUACCAGCAAUUACCCAUCCACCUGGCAACUUAAUAUCAGUAGAGCUAAAGAGGAACUGAAAAAGGUUUCUACAGGAUCGCUGGACGAGAUUAUCAACUGUUCGAUUCUCAAUCGCACCCCUUAUGAUCAUCAACUUAGUACGCCACUGAAGUCGGAUAAUUCCUGUCAGUGCACUAUCGAAAAGAAGGCUAGAAAACGAUUCAAGAAAAACAAAGCGGUUUCGGUGGCCGAAACCCAGACAAUCAACGAAGAUGAGACAAGGAAUUACUCUGAAGAAAGGAAACCAGCUCCAGAUCCAGAGGGAUUUCAGAAAUUGAAGAAGAGGGUCAACAGCGGGGAGGAAUAUAAGCCACAGCGAAAGGUUUCCAAAACUCCAUCAAGAAGUAGCGAAAACUCUAUGAAUUUCUGUAGGUGUAAGGAACACAUUUCAGGACCAACUUACAGUAACUAUGGCGGUUAUAGUCCCUCGGACACGGAAAUUGAAAUGGGUUCUGAGUACGAAGUAAAGUUACCAAGUCGGUAUGAUCAUCUAAACAAAAUAGAGAAGGUAAGCAAGCCACCCACAAAUGCAGAUACCAAGUGGAGAUUCAAAAUGCCCAGCAAUUCGGAAGUCCAAGAAUAUAUGGCCAGUAGAACUUAUGAAAACCUACCAGUGCGUCAAAACAAAAAUAUGGAUCAAGACCGGGAAAUUCAAAGAAAAAAAUUCAAUUCUCCAUAUGAAAGGAAAAAAGUAAAAGAAAGGCCUUUGAAGUGCCAGGGCCGUAAUUACUUAGAAGUUCCGUACGAUUCUUUAAUUGAGACCCCAAGGGAAUUUUAUGGAAGAAAUAAAUUAACUACAAACCCAAGUCAAGUUUCUUUAGAAAACUUUGUUAAUCGCAAUAAUAAGGGAGGAUGCGAAGAAAUGAUGGGCCAUGGUAAAUAUGGAAAACAAAAUAUAUAUCAAGACGACGGACGAAAUUCUUCAAAUUUUUAUCAAGCUACCACUAAUGAAUAUCCGUACUGUGAUCAGGAUGACUCAGAUACUCCAAGUAAAGGUCACGAUACACAACCCAAUUACAAUCAGAUGCGUAGGAGAUCCCAUAGACAAGCUAAAGCCCCAAGACGAUCUUAUGGUAAUGAAGAUUCAUUUCGUGGUUCCUUCGAAAUGGGAAAUGGAUAUAGGUAUCCUACCACGCCCAAAUGCAUUGUGGCAGUAACUCAGACAUCUACUGUGUUUCUGGAAGGACAUCAAGAGCAACCAAGAUCGAAAAUAUCCAAGACAGGAACAGCGACAUCCAAUUCCCGUUUGGUUGAAUCACACGAAGGACAAAGCCAGGUAGUACAAUCAAAAUCAGCAGAACCUAAAAAUCAAGAAAGGCAACGUAAUCAGGGAAGUUUUGAACAAACAAAAUCGGAUAAAACUAAUUUUCAGUCCCAACCCAUAAAUCAAGAUGAUUUUAAGGCACAAACAGCAAAAGCUAAGGGCUUAAGACCUGUACAGUCAAAUUCCCUGGUAAUUGAAUCCCAGGAAGACCAAGAACAUCUAGUACAAUCUAGCUCAGAAACUGUAUUGCCCAAAGUGACUGCUCCGAAAAAUAAGAAACCAAUUAGUACGAAAAAACGAAAAAGUAGUAGAGGUUGCAGUUGCUGCAGUAGAAGUAGUUCUAGAAAAAGAUCUGUGAAGAAACCUACAACAAAAAGCCAAGUGUGUGAAAAUUGCCAAUGCAAAAGAUCAGAACCAAAGAAUCAAGAUGCAAUAAGCAAGUCAGUGAGUAAAGACAAAAUCCUAAAACGAGACUUGUCCCAAACUGACAAUUGUGACGUGAGGGAAAUUUUAAAUAUUCUUCAAAAAACUGUGGCCGGUCUGCAAAAGCAAAUAAAUUCAAGAAAAGGAUUCGGAAAGUAUGAAAAUUCAAAGACAGCAAAUGAAGAAGGGGCAAAAACUUAUUCUCGCCAGCGAAAACAAUUCCGCAUGGAAAGAGAAGCAUAUGGUCAGCCUGUUGGUCCUUUCCAAAAUCAAUACUCCUUCAACGAGGAUACCUUUCAAGAAAUCCAAUAUAAUGAAAGGCCUAAGAACUUAGGUAAUAAGUUUGCUUACAGUGAAAGAGGUGCCUCAAACGGAAACGGAAACCCAUCGAACAUGUGUCCAUCUAAUUCGUAUACAUAUUUCAAAGGCCAAGAGCCUUUCAAGAAUAAUGCAACUUAUCAAGGCAACACAAUUAACGGAAGGACACUUCAGGAUUCCUUUAAUAAUGGUUCCUUAGGAAAUGAACCAUUUAAUAAUGUAAGAACAUCUAGACAAUCAGAAUAUGGUUACCCAGAGGAAAUAUGCGAACGAAAAAGUCAACCAUAUCGAACCCAGAAACACCUUGACCAUGGCCAAAACCAUUACCCAGCGACGGACUAUAAAAAUCAAAGCAUAAACCAGAGUUUUAAUAGAUUCUGCCUAAAUUCCCAGUGCAGUAGAAAUACUCCCCAGAUGCAGGACCAUCAACAGCAUGUUUCGACAGGCCAACCAAAAAUGGAAUCACCAUAUAGCCCGGUUUCCAAAACUAACUCAAAUUCAGAAAGACAAGCUCCUAAUGUAACAAGCAAAAGUCCAUGUUGUCCUUGUCACAUUAUAAAUGAUCCAGACCAAGAACAAAGAAAUGCAGGAAUGUCCUUACAGAACCGCUCAGAUAUACGUCCAGAAACUUAUACUCCUAAUGAAAGAAGUGGUGUCCAAGAGCCUUUACAAAUAUGUAACGAUUCCACUUGCCCAUAUGCCUUAGAUUACUUCAAAUCAUGGAACAGUCAAAAUGACCCCAAUUCGAAUAGAGAUGGUAAAACGGAAAUCCUGUCGAGAUGCAAUCCUGAAUGUCUGGGGAUUGCACUAAAUUCAGAAAUUAGCAAACGACCUGAGCAUCCACCAGUUGAAAACAAUCAAGGAAUAGUAACCUUCCAAGUCAGCGAUCAAUACUGUGCAGGUGAAACAACACCCAAUAGAGUCAGAAACUAUGAAGAUCAUACACAAGCAUGCGAUAAUCCUUUUUGUGAAUCAGCCGGCCAAUGCUCCAGGUCGUGGGAAAAUCCAAAUUAUUCCAAAGCACAUAGUACUAUUCGUAACUCAAAGGAAAAUUACCAAACAGAGUGCGACCCGGAUUGUGUUUUAAAUAAAACUUUUCAAAUGAGUGGCAACGCUUAUAAUUACGCAUGUCCUGAUACGCAAAAGGGAAGUGAAAAUGGCACUGCACUUAAGUCAGAAAUUAGCAAGCGACCUGAGCAUCCACCAGUUGAAAACAAUCAAGGAAUAGUAAAAUUCCAAGUCAGCGAUCAAUACUGUACAGGUGAAACAACAGCCAAUAGAGGCAGAAACUAUGAAGAUCAUACACAGGCAUGCGAUAAUCCCUUUUGUGAAUCAGCCGGUCAGUUCCCCAGGUCGUGGGAAAAUCCAAAUUAUUCCCAAGCACAUAGUACUAUACAUAACUCAAAGGAAAAUUACCAACCAGAAUGCGACCCGGAUUGUGUUUUAAAUGAAACUUUUCAAAUAAGUGGCAACGCUUAUAAUUACGAAGACUUUUGUGGCAAUCCAUAUUGUUCCGAGAAGAACACAAUUAUAAACGAUACAGCUAGAUCUGAACAAGUAAAGGGCUGUCAGAAUUUUUUAGAUCCUUCUUUGGACUACACAAACAAUCCUGAAUUGAAUUUUUACAGAAAUUCUCAUAACCAUCAGACCGAUGAAGCAUUAUAUCAACAAGAACUAUGCGAAUGGCCCGACAGAAAAAUACUUUCGAAAAACCCACAUGAAGGCGUGUCUGUAGAUCACUCUGGCAAUCGAGCUUGCUCUAAUCAUCCUAGGAGCGAAAUGACUAAAAAUUAUUUUCAAACUGCACAGUGCUCACCGAAUUGCCCUACAAGGCCAAACUUUUCCAAUCAAGGUGAAAUUAAACAAGGAAGUCCACGAGUGACAGUUUUGAAUAGACACAGAAGGGAGGAACAAGUAGUUAAAUCUAGAAAUAAUCGUGAACCAUUUCAAGCUACAAAUUAUUCAGAAUUUUACUCGAAUCCGAAGUGUUUGGAUAGAACAGAUAGAUAUUCCAAGAAGAUAGACAUUAAAGAGGAUGUUUGCAGCAAUUCACAAUGCCCAAAUAAAAUGGAGCGAAGACAUGGAAGCAGAAACGACGACGAAAUGCAUAAAACAUAUAGAGAACCGAAAAAUGAAGAGAAAUCUUCAAAGAUAUCUUCGCCCAGAAGAUCACAACUACAAAACUGCCCACAAAACGAAGUCGAGAAAAAGUCCUGCCUUGAAGAUUGUCCUUAUCAAAAAUAUUCUCCCAAUCAAAAAAAUCGAAGGAACAGUGGGGCUGGGACUAUAACCUGCGCCAAUCCAAACUGCCCAGAUAAUUUAAAAUCUAAAGUAACUUCGCAAAAAGAUAAGCAUUCUCCACAAAAUAGAACUAUGUACUGGACGGACAAUGUUGAAAAAAGCACGAAAGGGCAUAUUUGUAAGAAUUCAGAAUGUACCGCUAAAGCAGGUAUAAAUAAGGAUCGAAAUAAAUAUCCAAAAAACGAUAAAAAAUGCGCUUCGGAAAGGAAGUGUGGAAAUGAAUUUUGUAAAAGUACAAAACCAAUGAAUAGGACAGGGAAUGAAUAUGGAUAUGGGGAUGGUAAGUCGGGUAAAAUCAGUUCUGCAAGACAAUCAUCGCAAAACGAAAAAAUCCCAAAAGUCUAUGGAAAAAAUCCAGUUCCAGAAUAUGAAUACAAAGAGAAUGGUUAUAAUCGGCAGCGAUACCAAAAUAUUCCUCAAAAUCAAACUUAUCAAGUCUGUGAGAACCCAAAAUGUCCGGAUAGAUUUCGAGAACCUGUUCUCAAAAAUGAGGAGAAGAAAUAUACGAAAGAUUUGUCCUGUAACGCACAAUGUUCUGAUAAACGUGGUACUUAUAGGGUUCCAAAUGAACACAACGGUACUUCUGAAAGACAAACGGUAUAUAACGAAAGAAAAGCAACAGGUCAAGGAAAUUUUCAAAGGGAACAAAGAAAUAGUAAGUUACAGAGCAAAAAAGAUACAGAUUUAAACACCAAAAGCUGUAAUCAGCGACUAAAAACUAAUGAUAUUGAUAUCUGUAAUAAUCCAAAAUGCCCAGAUAGACUAAAAGAACCUGACAGUAAAUACCAUUGUCCCAAACAACAGGUUGUCUAUAGGAUAAAUGAAAGGAUGGAAAUGGCUCCUGAAAAGGAUCAGUGCCAUAUAAGCUACGAUUCAGAUUCUUGUUUUGAAGAUUGCCCUUACCGCCAUCGAGUUCUCUUCACCGAUCUUCGUAAAUGCAAGAAAAUUCCCAAAAAUAGAAGUCGCCAAAGAAGUGGAAAAUCAGAUAAUUACUAUAUUGAUCAAAUUGAAACUAGAAUCUGCACUUCAUGCGAGAAUUAUGUCCCUCUUAAAAGGGAUCGUCAGGCUAUUCAUAGACAGUGUAAUUUGCGAAAUGCUGAAGCGAAAGAUAUGCACGAAUCCAAGGAAAACUUAAUACUAAGAACCAUGUGCAUGCCCCCUAAUACACCAGCACCAGUUUAUGCCAAACACAGAGAUAACCCUUUAGUAACAGAUCCCAUUUUAACCAGCUACGAUAAGAAUAUUUUGAAAAAUUUUGAAAAAUUCAAGGAGGAAGAGAAAAACAAAUCUCAGAAAUGUGCUCAAGAGUGCCCAUUCGUUGCUCAAACUGAAGACAAGCCCCUUUUAUUGAAAUAUUCCUCUGCUUGUAUAUCUGAAAUAGAAUUCCAAAAUCAUGACCUUCCAUGCGAUUGCAAAAGUGAAGAACUUAUAGAAGAAAGAGAUACGGAAAGAAAGAAAUCUAAAUCUUCAAUAUUUAGUUGUUGUUUAAAGCCUCCGAAAAAUGAUAAUGAAUCAAGGUCUGAUCAGGAAACAAAAAUGAAAAUAAAUGAAAAAACUCAUUCUAAAUCGAGUGGAUUUAGCUGUUUUAGAAAAAAGAAUAAGAUUCCUCGCGAACCUAAAGAAAAUACUCCUUCAAAAUCUAGUUGUCCCCCAGAAAAAAAGAAAGAGGUAAGCGCUUCAAAAUCAAGGGGACUCGCAUUUAUUCAACGAACGGAAAAUUCCCAGGAAAAGUCCAAACAAAGGGAAAGAAAAUCCCCUCGAUCAACAAAAUCUGGAGGGUUCCUCUGUUUCAAAACAAACAACAAACGGCCGCAGAAUGAAAACUUGGAAGAAGAAUCGCAAAGGGAUAUUGAUAAAGAUCCAGCCAAUGCUAGAAUUGAAAAAAGUGUUAAAGAAGAUAGCAGUAAAAAACCCUCGAAGCGUAGCGGUUUUUUCAAGUGGAAUAGAAAAUCCCAAAAACCAAAGGCCAAAGAUACCGCGGAUGCAGACUGUACUUGUAGUACCCAUUCUUACCAUGAUAAAGACGUUCCCAUUCUGAAAUCUGAAGAUCCUUUCCGCUGUCUAUGUGCCCCCAAAGAAAUCUACGAUGGCGAGGUUAGAGUCCUAUAUGACUCCAGUUUCCGGUUCCAGAAAGAAAGUUGCAGCUUGGCAGAAGUCCCGAAAAAUACAUAUUGCCAUAACGAUUCUCAAAAUCCAGGACAGGACAUGGCGGAGAUCCAGGAGCACGAGGUCAGUUACUGUCCAUGUAGCAGUGCUAAUGGGUUCUAUAAAAUUGUGCGGUAGUUAUGAUUGAGAGUUUCAUCGAAUAUUUGUAUAUAUUUUUUCGAAAAAAUUCCCAAUCAUAAUUACUUAAAGUGGGCUACUGGAGACCAGAACAAAAUUUAUAAUAAUUAAAUAAAAAGUUUAAUGAAAAUAAUAUGUAUAUAUUAAUGCUUGUAGUAUCGCAGUAACCAUUAAGGAGAUAAAAAAAUCAGCUUGACCCACAUUUAUAACUACACAGAAUUCCAAAAACAUGUUAGUUAGUUUUCCAUUUAGUUUUUUAAUAAAUUUACAUAUAAGACAAAUUAUCAGUUCAUUUGUGUUUAACCGUAAAAACCGCCGAAACCCCCAAAUUCUUGUUGCUGCUGACCACCAAAGUUUCCAU